GCUUCCCAACCACCCACACAAACACGCUCGAUAGUGUCACGACAACACCACACACCAGCUCUCCCUCGCUCACUCUCCCUCGCUGUCUGCAGGCUGCUCGACUCUUCGUCGAACUAACAAUUUGCUUGAUGAAGAAGACCCGAGGUUGACCAACCUUUGACACCAUCAGUUGCUCAGGAACACGCCUACACACCUACACACCACUCCCCACACAGCCACACCCGUCCACAACACAACCAUGCUGCUGGACGAGGGUGUGCGUGGACGAUGCAGCGGGGCUGCCUUGCACUGCCACUCCCGCCGCCAUCAUGUCGUCCGCCGCCUCUUUGCUGUGGUGUUUGUUCUUACCGUCCUUGCAGCUGGCUCGGUGCCGGUGCGGGGCCAAGGUGCGUGCACUGUGCAGGGCAAGAGCGCAUUGUGCACGUGCUACGAGGAUGGCCAAGACUUUGUCGUUGACUGCAGAAGUCAUGGACUUGCUGCCGUGCCCGCACACAUACCCAUCAAUACCACAAUCCUGAGCUUGUCAAACAACAAGAUCACGUCCUUGCCGGGGCGCGCCAUGCAGAACCUCACCAACCUCCACACCCUCUAUUUGGAUGACAACGGGCUUGAGACGGUGGAUGCCGGCGCAUUUGCUGGCUUGCACAACCUUGCCAUCCUCUCCAUUGUGGACAACGCCCUGAGCAAGCUGCCGUUCUUGGCUGAGCUGCUGCCCCUCCGCACUCUUGAUCUUGAGCACAACCGCCUCACCUUUGUUGACAUGGGCCAGUUCACCGACAUGUUCACCCUGGCCACCCUCAACCUCGGGCACAACCGCAUCACAGGCCUGGACGAUAUGGCGUUCGACCACGCCAACCUCCGUGCCCUUGACUUGUCCCACAACGACCUGUCGUUCAUUGCCCCGCUUGCAUUUUCGGAUGCACCACAUCUCAGCGAAUUGGACCUGAGCUCCAAUCGCAUUUCAGUGCUGGCCCCAAGCGUGCUUGAUGCCUUGCAUAACCUCACACAUCUUGACCUGUCUGACAACGAUUUGACCGAGCUGCCACCGACACUGUUUGAUACCCAAACGCGACUCGCCUCCCUGAGACUGGCCGACAACCGGCUGGCAUCGUUUUCCAUUGACGUCAUCGGCAACAAUCCACUCAGCAUCCUGCGACUGAACAACAACACGUUGGAGACGCUGGCGUAUAACAACGACACGCGCUGGGCCAACCUCACACAACUGUACUUGCGCGACAACCCGUGGUACUGCUGCGGCAUGGAGUGGUUCCGGGACGCUGUUUCCAUUGUGCAAGACCUCCCCUUUGUCGCAUGCGCCGCCCCGCAAAGGGUGGCUGGUCACCUCAUCGCAGACACAACAGGGCCAAUCACCAUCUGCACCCGAGUUGAUCCUGAUGCGCCAUCCACACUCAACGUGACAUCGGCAGCACCGACGAGUGCCACCGCUGCGUGGCCGCGGCCCCACGGCAACUUUGCUCCCAUCGACUACUACACGCUCGAUGUUCGCCUGCACAACACCACGGACGCGUGGCUUCCCGUCACCUGCACCAAUACCUCGUUCCCUCCUGGCGACACGCGCGCACCGCUCCCGCACAACCAGUGUCGCUAUCUUGAUCACGAGCCCGCGAGUAGGGGUGCAGCUGGCAACACCGCAGGUGCUCGCCACCAUCAACACAACAACCACCAACACAACACAUUCAAGCCGAACACCACCGCCACCAACACCACCAACACUGCCGACAACGUGUAUGUGUGGACGAUGCUGGAGACCAACAGCACGUAUGCGGUGGUGCUUUCAGCCAACACAACCGCCGGCGAAGGCCCGCUGUCUUUGCCGUACACGUGCCCGCCGGCUGAGCGGAGUGUUGACGUUGUUGACCGCUACGAGCUGUAUCGCGGCGACACUGGGGCGCGUGUGUACGCGGGUGCAGAGACGAGUGCUGUUGUGGCGGACCUUGUGCCGGGCGCAGCUGUCUCCUUCUUUGUCAUUGCCCACGCAGCGCUGCCAAGCGAACCAAGCGUGCCAGCCAACGUGACCAUGCCCAGUGGAGUCCCCGAUGCGGUGGAUGGUGUGAUGGCGCUGAACGCAACAGCGUACACGCUCAAUGUGACCUGGACGCCUGCGUCAUCGUGUGCGGCGCCAGUGCAAACUUACCUCGUCUUCCGCACCAGCGUGCUACAGCACAUUCCCAACUACCCGACCAUACAGGACAACACGACACUGCUGGUUGGAAUCGUGGCUGGGAAUGUGACGGGACUGGUAUUGAGUGGCCUUCGCCCCGCCACCACAUAUUCGCUGGUUGUGCGCGCGUUCAACAAGUACGGCGGAUCAGACACACGCCUGCCCGUCAACCUCACGACCGCAGAUGCACCGCCAUCAUUUCCCGGGACACCCUCGGUCGAGGUGUGCACCAACCACUAUCGCGAUGCUGCCAACGGCACGUGGGUGGCGCGCGAGGAGCAAGUGGUGCGGUGGACCCAGCCUGUAACGCCAAACGGAAACAUCACCCGGUACGAGCUGUGGCAUAUCAACAGGGACAACGACGGCGGCACCUUGCUCUACGCCGGCCACCCAGGACACACCUUGCAAGUCACCGUUCCCCUCAAUCCAGAGCUGGAUGAGCAAGAUUUGACAGUGAUCGCGUUCACGACUGCCGGAGCUACGCCAUCAUUGCGAUUUACACAAACAACCAGUACCUCAUCGUCCACAUUUUCCCUGCCUACACUCCCGUCAAUCACGAUGGCUCCUGAGUCCCAGCGCUCCAUUAUUCGAUUUCAGUAUGGCCAACGUGAAACUUUCCUUGUUGCUGCCAUCGCUGUGGCCGGGGUGCUGCUGUUCAGUACUGGCUUUUACUUCUUAUGGACAUACUGGAAGGGGCGCAACACUAUCCGAACACGAUAUGUGUGGUGGUAUCAAGUUGUGAGGCGGAACCGAACCAAGCCGGUACCAUGGACAUGGGCCAAGAGCAUCACACGAACGCCUUCACCACCUCCACAACCACGGACACCUUCACCCCCUCCUCCACAACCACGGACACCUUCACCCCCACCUCCACAACCACGGACACCUUCGCCUCCGCCUCCACAACCACGAACGCCUUCCCCGCCUCCACAACCACGGACACCUUCACCUCCGCCUCCACAACCACGGACACCUUCACCCCCACCUCCACAACCACGGACACCUUCGCCUCCGCCUCCACAGCCACGGACACCUUCACCUCCGCCUCCACAGCCACGGACACCUUCACCUACGCCUCCACAACCACGGACACCUUCUCCGCCUCCACAACCACGGACACCUUCGCCUCCGCCUCCACAACCACGAACGCCUUCCCCGCCUCCACAACCACGUCACCCACAACCACGGACACCUUCACCACCGCCUCCACAGCCACAGCCACGAACACCUUCACCACCGCCACAAUCACCACCAACCCCGCCUCCACAACCACGGACACCUUCACCACCUCCACAACCACAACCACGAACGCCUUCACCGCCUCCACAAUCACCACGAACCCCGCCUCCACAACCACGGACACCUUCACCUCCGCCUCCACAACCUCAGACACCUUCACCUACGCCUCCACAGCCACGGACACCUUCGCCUCCGCCUCCACAACCUCAGACACCUUCACCUACGCCUCCACAACCACGGACACCUUCACCUCCGCCUCCACAACCACGGACACCUUCACCUCCACCUCCACAACCACGGACACCUUCACCUCCACCUCCACAACCACGGACACCUUCACCUCCGCCUCCACAGCCACGGACACCUUCCCCGCCUCCACAAUCACCACGCCCUCCACCUCCACAGCCACGGACACCUUCCCCGCCUCCACCUCCACAGCCACGAACACCUUCAUCACCUCCACAACCACCACGAGCACCUAUUCGUGAUCCAUGGAUUCCACGAGUCGCAAGCGUCGCUAUUGAUCGAACGCCUCGCAAACGCCGACAUAUUCCAAAGGACUACUUGGUUCGCGUUGGUGGAGGAUGGGUCGUACGUGAAGAGCUUCGCGAUCGAUACAACCUUCUAAACAAAGACAGACACUUGUCUUGGUCUGAGAACCGCUUCAAAGCCCAGAUUGAGGAUGAGUACAGCACGGACGAGGACCAUGAGGAUGACGAUGAUGAUUACGAUGACAGUGACGACAUCCAAUCUUCAGAUGCUCAGUCAACGAGUGACGAUGGUGACGAAGCAUGAACAGGUGUUGUCGCGGUGUUUGGAGUGGGCCCCAGCCCCUCCGUGUAAGUCGUGUGUGUGUGUGUGUGCGUGUGUGUGUGUGUGUGUGUGUGUGU